AUGACAACGAUUGUGUCCGCAGCAAGCAACGUAACACUGUACACUGAACCGCAACGGAAGCAGGAGAAAUCGAGGGAAAAGGAGAAAGGGUUUGUAAAUGCUCAUUCCGUGGAAACGGAUCGUGAACACAACGCAGAGGAAGCUGGAGAGUUUGCAGCCCACCAACCAAAACCGUGUCUUAUGUGUAAAAAGAACGGACAUAAAGUGAGAGAUUGUUACAGUUUCCAAAAUUUGGCGCUAGAGAACCGAUGGAAGACUGCCCAACAGUUGAACCUUUGUCGUCGUUGCCUGAUUCCUCAUGGUAAAUGGCCGUGUAAGGCAACUGUGUGCGGUGUAGACAACUGUGAAGCACGUCACCAUAAGCUAUUGCAUCCUGGGAAUCCUCAGCCAUACACUAAUGAACCAACGUCGUCAACGAGAGCGCAGUCAACUUCAACCCCUUCAGCAACAGUGAAUGUUCAUCGACAGCCUCAAAGCCAGGUGCUUUUUCGGAUAAUCCCCGUCUCCCUUUAUGGAAAAAAGGCGACGGUUAACACGUUGGCGUUUCUCGAUGAUGGGUCAUCGUACACGUUAAUUGAAAAGAAUUUGGCUAGCGAACUAGGCGUUGAAGGUGAAGCGGAACCUUUGUGUUUGCAGUGGACCAGCAAUAUCAAACGAACUGAAAAUGAUUCACAAAACGUUCAGUUUGAAAUCUCAGCGGCUGGGAAAAAUCGCAGACAUUUGUUGCAGUAUGUGCGAACGGUGGAAAGUUUGGAUCUCCCCGUGCAGUCUUUGGAGUAUGAUGAUCUCUCACGGAAGUUCGACUACCUAAAAGGUCUUCCUGUCGACAGCUACUCAACAGCUGCACCUCGUAUCCUUAUAGGCGUUGAUAAUGCUAAGCUAUUGCUGACAUUGAAAAAACGAGAAGGUAAAUACUGUGAGCCGGUUGCAGCAAAGACAAGGCUUGGGUGGACUAUUUACGGUAAAGCAGGACUUCCUGGCUCGCCGAAUCAUCAUCUUCUACACAUAGGUAGCCGUUCAUCCGAUCAACAACUACAUGAUACCGUGAAGGAUUUUUUCUCCACCGAAAGUGUUGGUGUAGCUCUUAUACCACAGAUUGAAGCGGAGGAGGAUCGAAGAUCGCGGGAGAUUCUGGAGAAGACAACCAUCCGUACAGUGUCUGGCCGGUUCCAAACUGGUUUGUUGUGGAAGUUUGACUACGUUGAAUUUCCAGAUAAUCGAUUCAUGGCGGUGAAGCGGCUUUUGUGCCUGGAAAGGAGUUUGUUCAAGAAACCAGAAUUAUAUGCGAAUGUCAAACAACAGAUAAUCGACUACCAAGUAAAAGGAUACGCUCACAGGCUAACGGAAGAAGAAUCAAGCGAUAGUGAUCCUAGAAAAGUCUGGUACCUACCAUUAGGAGUAGUUCAGAAUCCGAACAAACCAGGGAAAGUUCGGGUCGUGUGGGAUGCUGCCGCAAAAACCAAUGGUGUGUCAUUAAACUCAAUGCUACUCAAGGGUCCAGAUUUGCUUACAUCGUUGCCAUCCGUAUUAUUCCGAUUCCGGCAGAAAGAAGUUGCUAUCACAGGUGAUAUAAAAGAAAUGUUUCAUCAGAUUGUAAUUCGACCAGAAGACCGACAAGCUCAGCGCUUUCUUUGGCGGGAUAGUCCUGAUGAUCCGAUAAAGGAAUAUGUUAUGGACGUUGCAACGUUUGGGUCAACAUGUUCACCAUGCUCUGCCCAAUACGUGAAAAACAAGAAUGCUGAGGAAUGGAACCAAGUAUAUCCUGAUGCGGCGGAGGCUAUUAUAAAUAACACAUAUGUAGAUGACUACGCAAGCAGUUCAGACACGGUGGAAGAAACGGUUCGUUGUGCACUAGAAGUUAAGAAGAUCCAUGCAAGCGCAGGCUUCGAAAUUCGUAAUUGGCUCUCGAAUUCCAAACAAGUUCUUCAACGGGUCGGGGGAUGUAGUUCCCAAGUUACAAAAAGCUUUAUUGCAGAAAAGUCCACCGAUUCAGAACGAGUUCUUGGUAUGACUUGGCUUCCAGAAAGCGAUAAUCUUUCCUUUACAUUGAAGUUACGAGACGAUGUUCUUCAAUUGCUGUCGGAACAUUCAAUCCUGACAAAACGCCAAGUUUUGAGAGUCGUGAUGAGCGUAUUUGAUCCCCUUGGGCUGGUGGCAGCAUUCGUUGUACAUGGCAAGUGCUUGAUCCAGGACAUUUGGAGAUCUAACAUAGACUGGGACGAACGAAUCCCGGAUAAACUGGUCAUUCAGUGGCGGCGCUGGGUAGAGGUCCUAGAAAGCCUCAAUCGAGUGAAGAUUCCACGCUGCUAUUUUCCUGGUUAUGAUCGUCGUAGCUACAAAACCUUAGAACUUCACGUAUUUGUAGAUGCAAGUGAGGCAGCAUACGCUUGUGCAGCUUAUUUCCGUAUUAUCGAUCGCACACGGGUGCGCUGUUCCUUAGUCUCUGCUAAAACGAAGGUAGCCCCUUUGAAACCAAUGUCCGUUCCUCGAUUGGAGUUGCAAGCUGCAGUUAUCGGAGUUCGCCUGAUGAAAUCGAUUCAGGAGAACCACACUCUGCCGUUUGUCCGGCGUGUGUUCUGGAGCGAUUCAAAAACAGUUCAAUCGUGGCUUCACUCAGACCAGCGGAAGUACCAGCAGUUCGUGGCCUACCGAGUUAGCGAAAUAUUGAACGAGACGAAGCCGGAUGAAUGGAGGUGGGUUCCAACGCGACUCAAUGUGGCGGAUGAAGCCACGAAGUGGGGUAAAGGCCCAAGUUUUCAAGCCGAUAGUCGAUGGUUCAUAGGUCCUGAAUUCCUCUAUGAAGCUGAAUCUGGUUGGCCGAAACAGGAGUUUUGUCCACCGGACACUUUGGAAGAAAUGCGAUCUGUGCACGCUCACCAUCGGGCGAAUGCGGAGUAUCUUAUCGAUUAUCAGCGAUUCUCGAAAUUUCAACGACUUCUUCGGACGAUAGCCUACAUUCUUCGCUUCAUUAAUCGUUGUCGCAAAAAAUCUUCUCUCGAAAUAACCAGUGCUGACAUACUCUCUAGAGAAGAAUUUGUGAAAGCUGAAGUCGUGUUAUGGAAGUUGGUACAGUCUGAACAGUACCCUGAGGAGAUUGCGAUAAUUCGCAAAAACAAGCAAUGCCCACCGGAAGAUGCCAAACGUUUGGCAAGAAGUAGCUCCUUGCGUAAGCUUACAUCCUUCCUAAACGACAUUAUGUCACCGAGUUGCUUAUUGAACACUACCAUCAACGGUACGCCCAUGGCUAUGGAGAAACGGUGGCUAAUGAACUACGUCAAAGUUACCACAUUCCCAACUUAA